CCGCGUCGCCCGCCAGCGGGAAUACCGCGGCCGCCAGGAAAAGACAUCCAUAAUUGCUGUUGCCAAGAGCAAGCGUCAAGCCUCCGUGACCAUUUUGGCUCAUGGUCCUUCGCUGGUCUCAGCAGAUGGUUCUGUCUAAACGCUGCAGGCUGCGGCAUGGGUGGUUCGCAGGCUGCAGUUGCGUAGCAUUUGUGGUUGCUUUGAGCUGGCCCCUGUGUUCCAAAACCGACGGUAGUGUUUCUGCUUGGACUAGUCCCCCCAGAAGAAGAGAUCAGUUCUUGACGAUUGGCUUGUGGACGGUGGGGCAAGCUGUGGUUGGGACACCAUCUUCUGCUUCCGGAGAGGUGGUACCGUUGUUGGACAAGUCAUUGCGUAGGCAUGCCAAGCAAUUGCAACGAGCCGCGGACGUUUUGGUCUUUGAUGUGCGACCUAUGAUAUACGCUGGUAACUGGACAAAGCUCGCUGAGGUCCUUAAAUUCGACGCUUUUCCGAACGAGGCCUGGCAUUCAGCAGCGUACGUGGUGCAGGGCAAUGAGGAUUUCCUGCCAGGCGCCGAAGAUGCUCCACAGGUGCUCGAUCGAACAUUUCGUGACCUCCGCAGCAUCAUUGCUAAGGAUUUAGAUGAUGGGCGCAAGCGUGAGCAGGCACUUCAGGCCUGGUGGGUUGCUACAGCAACGGUCAACAGCGUGAUGUCGGCAGCGAACAACCUCAUAGCUUCGGAACCGACUCUCAAUGACAUCCCAAAUUUUGCCGUGGUGCCAGAGGAUGUGAGUCAGUACUUGCGGAAGCCAGAGCAGUACUCGAGAAAGUGCACUGUUCUUGAUGGACUGCCCAGCCUCCUGAAGUGGUGCCAGUGAUUAAUGCUGGGGCUUGGUCAUCCAGAUCCUCGAUCGAAGCAAAUCAAGCUAGACCAGACAUCAAAGCCAACCUCACUUCACAGCACAAGCCGUCCAUAGCCAUCAAGAACAGACAGCCGGAAUAUAUACAAGCAC